CGGUUAAAUCCCCACGUCAGUGUCAUUAAAAUGUCAACAAGUGGAGUGAUCUAGCCCGAUUUAAUGAAUGGGUUUUAUCUAGAAGAUAGUAAUUGGGAUUGUUACGUUUAUUAUCAGAUUAAAGUUUUUGUGCGAUAUUACCCACUCACCGAUUGGAUUCGAAAUUCAUUGUUGUUAAUGCUGUUAACUACUUGUUGAUUCUUUGCCUACCGUUUCGUCCACUUUUUCGAGACCUUGAUCUUCAAAAAAUGAGCAAAUCUCCGAUAACCGUGCAGCAAUGGGUCGAAUCACUGCCACCACCUCAUAGCAACACAAAUAUUUAUACGUCGCCGUUAAGAAAUACUCGAAGAUUCCUUCCAAGAGAAAUUUCCCUGCAAUCUGAUGAUGCCAGUAGUCAUUGUUCUAGUGUGGAGUCAGUUUUGGAGCUUCGAAAACCAGACCCUGAGGCGGUUUUAUUAGGCUUGGGGUUUGGGCCUCCAAAAAACACGAACAUGGUUUCACGAAUACCAAGCAGGUUUCUCCAACCCUCCAAGCUGUUAUCGCAAAUUGAUAUUGACAAAUUUUUGGAACAGUAUGGAGAGGCAAAAUGUUCAACGCAACACACUGCUCCAGGGUCUCCUGCCAGAUCGCAACCAAAGUCUUGCUAAUUUAUUCCAUUCCUUUUGUAGUGAGUAGCCCAAAAUAAUUUUUUAAACAUUGUGCUCAAAUCAUCUUUGGAAAUCUGGAACUGUCCUUGGAAUUGACUAAUUGCUGAUUAAAAGUAGGAUAAAAAUUUAAAAAACGUGAUUCAAAUAACUGCACAUUCCUAAACCGCAUAUUUAAUUACGCAAUGAAUUAUAAAUUCGAACCUAAAUACCAAGUUAAAAACCAAUUUGGUAACUUAAAAAUUUCCAUUGUCAGGCCAAGGACAUUAUUUUCAAAUUGUCAACAGAAUGUGCCUUACACAUUAUUUUCCAUCGAAAAAUUGCCGUUGCAACUUAAACAUAUCACUCCUAAAAAUAUACAAAAAUGUUUAGAAAACAACAGUUUUUUACAUCUUUCUCUGAGGUCAUCAAUUAUAGAAUUGAAUUUAGUAGUUGUAAGAGCAUCCUGUUGGCAUUUCCUCAUUCCUAUUAUUAAAAGGGUACUGUAUCUCUAGUGUGCUUUAUUUUUUAUUCUCUUUAAAAUAAAAAAAAUGUGAUGUAAAAUGUGAUUGAGUUGUAUAGAAAGACAAAUCAUUAUUAGGGUUAAGAAUAUCGGAAUUAACGUCAAUUAUGAAAUGGUUGCGUUAUGAGAAUAUAUUUUUAAAGACCUUUUUGGUACCAAAAAAUCCGUAUUGUUAGUAGUUAGAUUUAGGAAUUUGAAAUGUUUGUGAUUCCUCCAAGUGCAUCACUUGCCAUUGUUUACUCUUUGCUGUAAAUUUUGUUGCCAUGAUGCCAUUUCAAAUGCUUGCUAUGUAAAUUGUGUUUCAAAAAUUUUUAAUUAACACCAAAUGACGCAUUCUUUUAAUUUGUUGUCUUUCCAGUCGUCUCAAAUUACAAACUUUUUGAAACACAAUAUCUAUCUUUUGGUUACUUGAAAUAUUAGUCAUUAAGGGUAGGUAGGAUCAAUCAAGAUCAAAUUCCACUGGCUUUAAUAUUGUUUAUAUAGUUACUCAUUUUUAUGGACCAAUUUUUGUGAAAUAAACUGUAGACGUCUAA